GUUCAGAGCCGAUCGUGAUCGCUGGGCUUGGACGACUGCUCAUCGCAAGCUUUCCUUCUCAACGAGGCCAUCCUCGAAUUCGCCACUCUUCGCCGCGAUCUCCUUUCCCCCUCGCCUUCAAACCACUGCAAUGAGUCUGCACGCCCUCCGAACGAAGCUCUCAGCUCUGGCACCCCGAGUCUCUGGAUCAAGUGCCGCUGUGGGAUAUUCGUCGCGAUUCAGCUCCACGACCGCAACAAAGGAUUUCUCCGUCGACGACGUUCGGUUCGUCCCGCCGUUCGAGGGCGAGCGAGUCGAGCCCGUCAAGCCCGACUCCUCCCGUCCGCAGGUCUACAGCCGGAUAAAGAAGGAGCUGGCUACUCUGGAUCUCAACAGCACCGUCUACGAACGAAGCAAGGACCACAUCGAGUCGCUCUGGAGGGCCAAGGAGGCUUUGAACGAGCCCAGCCUUCCUCGGGUCCGUGGACGUGCCGAAGAGGUCUACGGUGACUUCCUGGAGCGCCUGAAAGCCGAUGGAGGUGAUAAGGUGUUCACCUUCCGACGAAACUAUCUCCAUGUCGAGUACACUCGCUUCAUUCCUCUCUGCGACGACGUCAAAGGCCUUACACUCAACCAGGCCCUCCUCCAGAUCGAGUGGUACCGCAAACCGAUCACCCGCAAGAUGAAGGAGUGCAUCACCGAAGCCAUUGUCCUCGCCAAAGAACAGGGAUAUGAUCUGAACAAAACCUACAUCGCCGAGGCCUACGUCAAGCCCGAGGCCGUUCUCUCUGAGAAACUGACCAAGAACUUUAUCCGAGGCCGCGGUCGCUAUGGCUCUACGCCGCACAUUGUCAGCUCGAUUCUGCAGCUGACCCUUCAGGAGCGCGAAAAGCCCUUCAAGAAGCGACUGGACGAUCCGCUCGAGUUCAUCCGUGAGCGACUGCGUGAGCGACAGCAGGCCUACAUUGUCGAUGCCGAACAGGUCUAUCAAACUGUCCGUGCCAAGCGGCCUAUCAAGCCCGUGUACUGCUGAGCUUUCCCUGUCCUUCCACUCCCAACUACCACUCCCCACCCCUUCAUCUUUCGUCCGCAUCGAUUCUUUCUGCAGGGACCACUUGACAAUGGCUGUGUAAUAGGAAGAAAGAAAAGCCAUAUGUGCUGUGUCAACGUUCCUGACCUCCGAGCUGGCUCUCCGUGGGACUGUGCCUCGACACGGUCAUUUCGGACUGUGCAGCCCGGGUACUAAAUAUUGGACAUGCUGAUCGGAGAGCAGUACCGCCGUGCAGCAGUGUGGAAAUCAAGGGUGCUGUGUUUGGUUUCAUGAUGUGCGAUAGAUAGGCGUCGGUUCAAUAUCCAGAAACAAGCAGCACUCCCAUCGCGAAACAGAGUCCCAUUUCGCUGUA